AAGGACGACACUCCCUCUGCCACUACAACGCCCAAAUUGCAUCACAGCUGUGAGCGACUGUACCUCUACGGGACGACCAAUCCACCACCAUGCCGAAAACGCCCAAAUCGCCUCGUGGUGAGGCCCAGCGACACAACCCUCUCGCCGACGACUACCUGCCCGCGACGACGUUCAAGCAGAGACCCGCCAAGAGGCAGAAGAGGGACGAUGCCGCCGGCGACCGUGUGAUUGACAGCAAGCAGUCCCAGAAGAUCUUGGAGAUUGCGCGCGAGCUGGCAGAAGAGGCCGACGGCGAGAACCAAGAGCGCAGACCCGACAAUAACCCGGCGUUCGACUUCCGCUUGGAGGAUGAGCCGGAAGAAGACACAGCGCAGUAUGACGACGACGACGCAUGGGGCGAAGAGGACGAGGGGGAAGAAGUCGAAGUGGAGGUCAAUGAUCUAGACGCAUUCAACCGCUUCUUCCCUACAACGCAGAACCCCAUAGUAUGGCCAGGGGAAAGGGAAGACGCGCAGCCCUCCGGAGGCCAGGGAACCGAUCUCGCCGCACUCAUUCUCCAAAAGAUCGCAGAGCACGAAGCCGCCAAUCCCUCGCAGCGGGAAGUCCGUGGAGGCGGCGACCCCGAAGAUGCGGUUGAGAUACCCGAGAAAGUUGUCGAAGUGUAUUCAAAAGUGGGAAUUCUCAUGUCUAGGUAUAAGAGCGGAAAACUUCCAAAGCCCUUCAAGGUCUUGCCUACCAUCCCGGCCUGGGAGACUCUCCUUGCCAUCACCCGUCCCGCCGACUGGACACCGAAUGCUGUAUUUCAGGCCACCAGAUUGUUUAUCUCCUCGAAACCGCAUAUUGCACAGAUCUUUCUCAACUCAAUUCUUCUCCCCGCGGUCGUUGAUAACAUCCAUGAGACUCGGAAGUUGAACGUGCAUCUGUACAAUGCUCUCAAGAAAGCUCUAUAUAAACCUUCGGCCUUUUUCAAGGGUAUCGUGUUCCCGAUGCUCACGGACGGCACCUGCAGCCAGAGGGAGGCGUUGAUAGUUGCCAGUGUCGUGGCGAAAGUCUCAAUCCCAGUUCUUCACUCCGCCGCCGCCUUGCACAGAAUUUGCGAAAUUGCUGCUGAUCAGAUGAGCAGUGACCCUGAGUCCGCCGGGCCUUGCAACAUAUUCAUCAAGACGUUGCUGGAGAAGAAGUACGCUCUCCCGUACAAGGUCGUCGAUGCGCUCGUUUUCCAUUUCCUACGGUUCCGAGCCGUAAGUUCGGAUGCUAUGGACACUGAGUCCGUGGCCGGGGAUCUCGGAAGCACGGGCAAAUUGCCGGUCAUUUGGCAUCAAUGUCUCUUGGCAUUUGCUCAACGGUACCGCAACGACAUCACAGAGGACCAGCGGGAAGCCCUGUUGGAUUUGCUACUUUCGCGGGGCCAUAAGAGCAUCAGUCCGGAAGUGCGGAGAGAGCUGUUGGAGGGCAGAGGACGCGGUGUGGUUGUCGAGCCGCCGCCUGUUGGCAUGGACGGAGACGAUACGAUGGUCAUGGGUUGAUGUAUAAUCGCUGGCACAUCCCGAAUUCCGUACGUAUUAUGACAGCAUGGGCACGGCGCCAGGGAAAUGCAUCAUAGAGUUGUCCUAGAUAUACCCCGAAUCCAUCUCCUCACUCCCAACCACGCCCCGACCGACAAGUUUUCAUCCAUCCCGUCCCACCCUACGAACUCUCAAUCUCGGCCUUGGUCUUAUAAAACGCAACAUAGUCUCUAAUCUUCUCAUACCCCUUCAUCGGUUCCGGGUAGUACCACGCCGCGUCCUUGACCUCGGUCUUGUUGGUGGUGACGGUGUAGUAGGACGCGUCGCCCUUGUAGGGGCAGUGCGUUUUGGUGCUGGUGGGCGUGAAGGCGGAUU